AUGAGCGACGUCAUAGACAUCCUCCGUUACGAAAGGCUCGACACCAACCAAGUCUACGCCAUGGCGACCUCCAUCAGACGACUGAAAGACCACAUCCUGGGAGAAGUCGAUUCCAAACCGGUGACGACAGCCAAUCCACCCAUGAGAAAAUUCACCGUCAGCAGCAAAGCACUCGCCCGACACGCGUCUGUGGUGGAUGUAACCGUCCUCUUCUUUUCGGAUAAGUUCCCAGCCGGUAUGGCCCUGGAACAACGAAGCGAUUCUUGGAAGGACAUGGAUGAGAAAGAGAAAAAGAGUCACCGCAACCGUUACAGCAGCAUCAAGCGAGCGGUUCGCAUUGUAGUGAUGCACAUGGAUUCCUUUCCGUUGGUAUCCGAUCGAGAUUUCAAAUCGACACUCUGUCGUGUUGCAAGCAAAGCGUUAGAACGCCUCCGAACCAACUAUAAGAUUUCCGAAGACAAGACCAUCACGGUUCACACAAUUGCAAGCAACAGCCAACAAACCCCAACCCUUGAGAAGACUAUGAAUCUACCACCCGAUCUUCUGGAAGUUUGA